AUGUCCACUCAAUCCGCCCAAAGCAUCCUCUUCACCCACACAGCCCCGCAACAAGGCUUCCGAUUACUCGAACUCCCCCCGGAGGUCGCGGACCUCCUCGCCUCGGAGAACGCUCCUACACUAUACCUCAAAACCCCCACCACCACCACCACCACCACCAGCAAAACGAGUGACCCGCGCGAAUACGUCAACCUCUGCACCCCGACCCAAACCUACCGCAUCCGUCAGGUCCAGUCCUCGAAUUCCCUGCAUAUCUUGAGGCCCAGCGAUAGGGGGGGGAAUGAGGAUAUGGACGUUGAUGUUGAGGUGGAUGUGGGUGUCGAUCUCGCGGAGACGUUGACGACGAUCGCGAAGUGCGGGUCGACGCUUGAGUUGCAUGUGCCGGAGGGGGGGUUCCGGGCUGCGGAGUUUCUGGGGGGUUUGGUGGGGAGAUUUGCGGGGGGGACGAGUGCUGCUACUGCGACUACUGGUGGUACUGGUGGUGCGGGGGUCGCGGAGGGCAAGGUGAUGGAGGCUGUGUUCGCUGAUAUCCCGGUUUCUCGGGCGGAGUGUGAGAGGGGUUGGGUCGAGGGGUGUGCGUUUGUGUGGCGGGGGAGGGCGUGGGUGCCGACGCCGGAGGUCAUGAUGGAGGUGUGGAAGCGGGUGGUUGAUGGGGCGGUGGUGCAGGGGAUUGAUCUCCGUGCCCAGUUUCUGUUGGAUGACCUGUGGAAGUCGGUGGUGGCGGAGGAGGAUGAGGAGGAGGAAGAAGAGCAGUUCCCCCGCGCUUUGUUUGAGGCCGUCGUGCGACGCGUGGUUGAGGGGGAGGUGGGGAAGUCCUUGCUCGGUGAGACGUUGAAGUGGGCGAGUCUGGACAAGGAUGCUUGUGUACGAUGGGUUGGAGAGACGUAUCUGGAGGCUAUGGCGCCGAUGGCGAGUGCGGCAGUUGGCCGCAGUGAGUUUCUCAGCGCUUGGAAGGAUCAUCUACCUGAGGCUUGGAGGGAGGAGGUGGCUCUGGCUAAAUUGACGGACGCCGUUUAUCAACUGCCCGACCCGACGACCAUCUGCUUCGUGACGGAAUUCGAACGACAGCGGUCCAAGAAGAAUCUGCCCACCGAUGCUAGUGCGUCAACCGCGGCCAAGAAGUCCAGAAACUGGCACGAGCUCUUCAAAAAUCAAAAGCGACAGAAGCGGUGA